AAAAGAAAGAUGUUGUAACCCUGACCCUCAAGCCCAGCUUCCUUUCCUAACAAUGUGGGGGAGGAACCCAGGCUGGAGGAGAAGUUAAAGCCAGAAGAGGGGCAGGAAUGUCUGAGGUGGCAACACUUCUCUCCAGCCAGACAGCACUGGCCAGUUUGAAGUCUGUCCAUCCUGCAGGCCACAAGCUCUGGAUGAGGAACUUGAGGCGCAUCACUAGCCCCUGAUCAUUUCACCUAAAAGAGCAAGGACGAGAGUUCCUGACCUCCAGGCCAGUCCCUGAUCCCUGACCUAAUGUGUGUUUGCAGUGACAGUAAAAAAAAAUGUGUUUGCGAUAUAUGUAUAUACAUCUACGGGGGCCUGGGGCUGGGCGGGCUCCUGCUGCUGGCUGUGGUCCUUCUGUCCACCUGCCUGUGUCGGCUGCAUCGAAGAGUGAAGAGGCUGGAGAGGAGCUGGGUCCAGGGGUCCUCAGAGCAAGAGCUCCACUAUGCAUCUCUGCAGAGGCUGCCAGUGUCCAGCAGUGAAGGACCUGACCUCAGGGACAGAGACAAGAGAGGCACCAAGGAGGAUCCCAGAGCUGACUAUGCCUGCAUUGCUGAGAACAAACCCACCUGAGCACCCCAGACACCUUCCUCAACCCAGGCGAGUGGACAGGGUCCCCCUGUGGUCCACCCAGUAAAGAUCAUGGUCCCCCCA